GCCAAGCGGUAGGAUCUGUGUGACAGUGCAGGGUACAGCUUUAGGUUGAGGGGCAGCGAGAGGAAAGAAUUUCUCCCGAUCCCGCUAUAUACUCGUACCACUAUUCCAUCGUAACAAACAUCAGCUUAAUUCAAACUGAUACCAUUUCUACGCCGUGCUGGGAAUUCGCGAAGGUUGCUACAGUGAAGAAUAUUUACCACUCGCCUGCAGGACUUAAUCAGACUACAACGUUAGGCUACUGUUAGUCGAACUUUCCCCUUUUUUAUUUUGGAUUGUCUUGCAGUUAGAUUUUUUCCCACCCCGUUUUUAAUUCCAACCGGUUGACAUCUACAUGAUUUUGUAAUCUGCGGGUGUCUUGGUCCUUUUUUUAAGAAUUAAGAACGUUUUGGCAAAAAGUUUUGUUUUAUUUCUAUUUUUUGGGAAGCGUUAAUUUUUUUCCACGAUGAACAAGCUAUACAUUGGAAAUCUCAAUGAAAAGGUGACCGCAGAAGACUUGGUUAAAACCUUUGAAGAUUACAAGAUUCCAUACUCUGGACAGUUUCUCAUGAAAACUGGCUAUGCGUUUGUUGAUUGCCCGGACGACCAAUGGGCAAUGAAAGCGAUUGAAACAUUUUCUGGUAAAGUGGAACUUCACGGCAAACGCAUUGAGGUCGAACAUUCUGUCCCUAAGAAGCAGAGGACCAGAAAACUCCAGAUCAGAAACAUUCCACCACACCUGCAGUGGGAGGUUCUCGAUGGUCUGCUUGCCCAAUAUGGAACUGUUGAGAACUGUGAACAAGUGAACACAGACAGCGAGACUGCAGUUGUUAAUGUCACAUAUGGGACGCGGGAGCAGGCUAGACAAGCUAUUCAGAAACUCAACGGCUACCAGUUUGACAACAAUGCCCUGCGUGUGUCUUACAUCCCUGAUGAAAACUCUGAGGUGGACUCUCAGCGAGGUCCCGACAACGGCCGCCGCCCUGGAUACGGCCCACGAGGAACGUCCCGCCAAAUGUCACCCGGUUCAGGAAUCCCCUCCAAACACCAGCAUGCUGACAUCCCUCUCAGACUGCUUGUGCCCACACAGUACGUGGGUGCCAUCAUCGGCAAAGAGGGCGCCACCAUUCGCAACAUAACAAAGCAGACCCAGAGCAAGAUUGAUGUGCAUCGUAAAGAGAACGCAGGUGCCGCCGAAAAGCCCAUAAGCAUCCAUUCUACCCCAGAGGGCUGUUCAGCUGCCUGCAGAAUGAUCCUGGAAAUCAUGAACCAGGAGGCCAAGGACACCAAAACUGCUGAUGAGGUUCCUCUGAAGGUUCUUGCUCACAACAACUUUGUUGGCCGUUUGAUUGGCAAAGAGGGACGCAACCUGAAGAAAGUGGAGCAAGACACUGAUACCAAGAUCACAAUUUCACCACUGCAGGAUCUGACCCUUUAUAACCCAGAGAGGACCAUUACAGUGAAGGGCUCCAUUGAAGCCUGCUGUCUGGCUGAACAGGAGAUCAUGAAGAAAGUGCGAGAGGCUUAUGACAAUGACAUCGCUGCUAUGAAUCAACAAACUCAUCUGAUCCCAGGACUAAAUCUUGGAGCCAUCGGCCUCUUUCCACCAUCCUCUGCCAUGCCGCCUCCUGCCCUCGGAAAUUCUGUGCCUGGUCCCCCCUACGGCCCUAUUGGGGCCUCUGAACAGGAGACCGUUCAUGUGUACAUCCCAGCUCAAGCUGUAGGAGCUCUUAUUGGCAAAAAGGGACAGCAUAUCAAGCAGCUCAGCCGUUUUGCCGGAGCUUCCAUUAAGAUUGCACCAGCAGAGGCUCCAGACUCAAAAAUGCGAAUGGUCAUUGUGACAGGACCACCUGAGGCCCAAUUCAAGGCUCAAGGCAGAAUAUACGGUAAACUGAAGGAGGAAAACUUCUUUGGCCCCAAAGAGGAAGUGAAGCUGGAGACUCACAUCAAAGUAGCAGCUGCAGCAGCAGGAAGGGUCAUCGGAAAAGGCGGGAAAACCGUGAAUGAACUGCAGAACCUCACCGCUGCUGAAGUCGUGGUUCCCAGAGAACAAACACCUGAUGAACACGACCAGGUCAUUGUCAAAAUCAUCGGCCACUUUUACGCAAGUCAGCUGGCACAGAGGAAAAUCCGAGACAUUCUGACACAAGUCAAGCAGCAGCAGAAAGGAGGAGGUAUGGGAACUCCGCAGGGACCUCAUCCGCAGGGCAUGACUGAGCUGGGGUCUCCUCAGGGACUGGCACAAGAGCCCAGGAGGAAGUGAGGGUCCAGCGCCGCUGCCCAGUCAGACGGACAGACAAAUGAGAGGACAAACGAGCGGACUGACUGAGAGAGAGAGUGACACACAGACCCAGCGGUAGACAGGGGAGCUGAGAGGGAAUUAAAAAGACAAAAAAAGACAAAAAAAAUAGAGCCUGAGAGAGAGGACACGACUUUAGUGAAUAUGAACAAGAAAAAAAAAGUGUGAUUUAAUUUUUUUUAAAGAGAGAUAAUUAGAAAACAGAGACCAGAUGCCAGGCCAGGUGGAGUGACUGAGGAUGGCGAGGAUGUCCGUCGAAGCGGAGCGCGCCCUCUGCUAAGAGCUUUUUUACAAUGUAGCCGCUUAUUAGGAGUAGGGCAUAAUGAUGGUCCCUCAAAAUGAGCUGCUUGGGGACCCCCUGCCAUCAGCAGUCACUUCAGAUUUUUUAACGGUGUUUUUUUUAAAGAUAGAGAUAUAUGUAUAGAAAUGUUUAUUCAGAGGUAUUAUUAAUGAAAUGCAGUGAGGUAGAGAUGGGAGAGAGAGAGCAGAGAGCCAAUCACAGUUCUUAGUGGGCAGAGCCACCAGUCAGGUGACUUCUCCCUGUUUAUCAGAUCUGAGGGGAGGGGCCAAAGUUGUUAACACUGCUCUUGAAGUCCUUCACGCUUAACUGUGGGGGUGACGAGAUGAAAAAAAGAUGAAAAAAUGAGGUUGUAAAUAUAAUCUUCAUGACUUUAUGUUAAGAUGCUGCACGUCAACGUUGCCAAUCAACUACGCAGCUUGAGAAGGUUGUGCCACUUUUGUUUUGGAGGCUUCCUUUUAUUUAGGCUGUGUGCUGUUUGGCUGGUGGGACGUGCGGCGAGAGUUCAGUAAGUGUGUGGGCUAAAGCUGACCUCUGCAGUUGUAAUGCAGUGGUUCAGCUUUGACGUGUGGAAAACGAACAAAUCCCGCCCUUAAUUACGCCAGCGAUGAUCGCUGCAGCGCCGCUCACACUCAAACGGCAUAUUUUAUAUAUAUUAUAUAUAUAUGAUAUGUGAGUUAACCUGGCCCCUCAUUGCAUUAGAGCAGGUAGAUAUUGGGGAAAAUCAGAAAACAAGAAUCUUUUAGAAAGCAUUUUCUUGUUAGGGAUGUGUGAUUUUUAAAAAAGCAAUCGUCGUUUAUAAACCUGACCUUCAGAUGAAUUGUUCUGCAUUCUUCCUGAGAAUAAAUAUGCUGCUAAAUAUGCAGCAAAAGAAACAAGUGAGGACGAUUGUCCUGAAUGCCAGGUUUGAAUGACAGACCUGUAGAUCGAAGGUGAAGAACUGGUGACAGUACAGUGGUCUCUGUGCUCUCUCUCACCCACUUUGUUCGAUAUUUGCCGAUGAGGUUGCCAGAGUGCUGGCCUUUCUCACUGAACCUAGAACAGAUUAGAUAAAAAUGAAAUUAAGAAAAACAAAAAACCUACCUCAGGGUAUUGUUACCUCAGUAUUCCUAAUUUCUUUUUUCUUUCAAAUUUUUUCUGUUUUUUUUUUUUCUUUUUUUGUGCUUGCUGGUGUUUUAUAUAAAAGCUGAUAGUCUUGAAUAUUUUAUUUUUUUAAGGAGGAAAUUAUUUUUUUUCCCUUAUUUUUCUUUUUGGUAUGAUUGUAUGCGUGAGUGUAACUGAGGAGUUUUCCUCACCUGAGCUCAGAAGGACUUCCAGAUUCAUUGUUUAGGUGGUCUUUAGGCCAGCCUCGGAGUCCUUGCACAGUCGCACUUGAAAUCACUGGUCAAUGGGACACAGGACGAAUCGUGCCAUCUUAUUCUAGUGCAUAAUGAACGCUGCCAUACCACAGGAUUUAGUAUUAGUGUUUGUAAUACAAGCUGACGGUAGAAAACUAAAAGUUACUCUUUUGCCAAUACUGUGGUGUGAUCUUGAUCAUUCUGCACUGAAGGACGUCAUUGGUUAACUUACUUGAAAGGGCUCGAAAAAUGAAAGCGUAUCAACUAUCUUUAGCCCCAAGACGCUGAAUGUGAACUAUUGAACAUCUUUGAUUUUCUUUUUAUUUGUUACGGAUGGAGUCUCGUCCUUCCCCAUUGUCCUGUGCAAGUGUGCGCGGUUGCGUUUUCUGAUUGAGUUUACGUGUUAAAUCUUUUUGAUUUUGUUGUUGUUGGGGAAGUGGUUUGGGUGUUUUAAAAAGGCAGAAACAUAGGAAAACACUUUAUGCUCUCAGUCCUACUCAUUUUAAAAAAAUGACUGAGAACAUACAAGAAACACGGGAGCCAAAAAAUGCAAAAACUAAAGCAUUCACCAUCAUUCAAAUUGAAACCUGUAAAUAAUUUGUUAAAAAGAGCAAUCGGAUUUAAAAAAAACAAUCUUUGUAUUUUUUUAGAAUAAAAUACUAAUUGGAUAAAGGAUGGCAAGACUUUUAACCGUUAAAGAUGGAUGGACACUGCCAGACCGCAUCUUUUUUCACGUUCCAUUCAGAAGGGUUUGCCAGAAUGUUCACAUGCUUUAACUGGUCAAGGUCUUUUAUUUUGUUUAGUUUUUUAGUUUGAGCUUCCCCUUUUUCACACUAGAUGGCAGUCUUCUGUUUUCUGCUUGAGGACUCAACUUGUCAACAUCUCACAUACUGCUCUUCAGGCGAGAAUGAAGUUAUCUGUCCUGUUCCAGCCCAUAGAUUUCUGUCAAACGCACUCACACACACUUCUGCUCUGUUCAGACUGCAGCAGCCUUUUGUUUUUACGUUUUUUCUUUUUUAUUUUGACAGCAAGCUUGACAUCUGGUUGCGAACUGUUUCAUCAAAAGACAAAAAAAUAUGCGAGCGAGAAAUAUUAACAUAACUGCAGAUCUCCGAGAACUAACAUAGUUGUGACAAAGCGAAAUAGUAGGUAUGUUAUUGUAAUUGCAUUUUUUUUUUCAAUAUUUUGUCUAUUUUAGUAUUAUCCUUUGGGUGAAAGCGAUGAUAGGGAUGGUAUCAGUGGACGGGUGGACAUUUUGUAAAGAUCCCAAGGUUUUAGAUGUGUCCCCUUCCUCUCCCCCCCCAUGGUGUUCUUACCUUUCAUCCCUUGACACCACUCGCUAUCUUCAUCCAAUUGUUUUUUUUUUUUGCGAUAGUAUCUGAGACAUUAGCAUUGGCGAGCAACGUGUCAUUUCAGUUCUGGAGUAGAACGCCCUCUCUCACGCUGGCCUCGUUUGUGACCGUUUUUUCUGUUUAGUUCAGUCGUUUGAUGUUGAAAUUUCUUUGCAAUUUUGUUUUUCUCUUUAUCAGAUCGUCUCCAUUUUAUUUAGUUUAGUUUCUCUUCGAUCAGAGUUCUUUAUGCACAGACACCUCUUACACUGCUACGAGUGAAAUACUAACACUUCACGUAAUACCUGUGCCAAACCGGGGUUCUCUUUAUGUUUUGUUGAUGUACUCCAGGAUAAAGGAACUAACUGCGACUACACAGUCAGGAUCGGAUGCAGUGCCUAUAUGCACGCUCCCCUGUGAGUUGGCCUCCUGUUUGGCACUUUUCGCUUUUCAUUUCAAUAUUUCGAGGCCCUCCACGCUUUGUCAGUGGUGAUGGCUUGAACAAAACAGUAGAACUAUUUCUUUAGCAUACUUGAGCUUUUCAGAAAGAGAUAGUAUGUUGUUUACUUAUGCAAUUUUGUGACAAGUCACAUAAAUGGCGUUUGUCGCACGGACUGUUAAGUGUCCACUGGGAAAAGUUGCAUUGCAAUGCGUAGAUCUACAUGUAGACCACAGUAUGAAGAGCAGCUUAGUUGGUUGUGGUCAUAAUCAUCAUGAUAUCGACGUUGCAUGCCACUGUUGUAUCUCACCAUGCUAGAUUCUGGCCUCUCCUAAAGGAAAAUAUUUGGGUGCUACAAAUAACGACUCAAACCUCACAUAACUAGGAACGCUACCUCAAGACUUAGCCAUAAGAUUGUUUUAUCAAGCAGACGAGAGCGAAAGUGCAUGUUACAUUUUUGAGUUUUAAUUUAUUUUUAGCUUUUAAUUUCUCUAGACGUUUGGAUAGAAUACUACUCAAGCUUAGAGCGGGGACUCCUUAGGGACGGGGUGGCAGGACAGGGAAUGGAUGUUGUGGUAUGAUGGCUUGCACAGAAGGAGGAAUGUUGAAGAACCCGUGAAACGAUGCCAAACUAAAAUUCUGUCGUGAUUUACUGUGCAUUCAGGUCAUGGCAGGAGUGUUGUGUUUAUGAGGUAAACUGGUGUGAAUGCCAGCACAAAGUUGUAUUUACAAGGAGGAAACGACAAUGAAAUGUGGUUUUGGAACAUUUCCGUACACUCUCAGAAAUAUUGGGUACAAUAUGGGUGCAAGAGGGGGCAGUACCUUUUAAAAAGGUACAAAUUUGUAGCUGAAGGGUCAAUAAUGGGACCUCAAAGGUGCAUUUUAGGUGCAUAUAUGUACUAAUAUGUACCUUGAAGUACUACUGUGGACUCUAUAGGUAUAAAUAUGUAUCUUUUGAAAAGGUACUGCCCCAGUGACAGCUCCUGUACCUUUUAUUUCUGAGAGUAUAUGAAUAAAAUGUCCCAAAACUGUGUUCCAUGUCUCUUCAGCAAAAUGUAGUUUUUGUACCUCUUUAUAAGUUCAUCAUUAUUUCAUAAUUAUGAUAUUCAUUCCUUUUAAAUGUGGAAUUGUCUGAGACCUCUUAUACCACUUGUCCACUGUACCACAUGAUAUUUACCCAUCGAUAGUGUAGCAAUGAGAUGUAUUGUCAAUGCUAUAGGGCUCCUCAAUAAAUUUAAAUUAAAUUGCAUUUGCUUUUGAUUGUUGUGCACAGUUGUGUGAUCAGUAGUAAAUCUACUAUGAAGGCCAAAAGGAACUCUCGUAUUCAGAGAAAAACCAAAAUAUUGUGAGGAAGAAACCCAGAAAAUCCCCAUGUUUGAGAUGUUUCCAACACAAUCUCACGGCAAUCCGUAACUUUUUGAUUUAGUGGCUAAUUCGUACGAUGUAAUUCGUACAAUUUAGUCCAAUUUGCUCAUCACCCCGUGACGGUUGGGUUUAUGGGUGGGGUGGAUGCCACGCCUCCUUUUUAAAAUCGUACAAUUUCGUAUGACUGAACUCGUAUGAAUCCUACGAAUUAGCCACUAAACUGACAAAACUAAAAUACUUACGUUUUCUUGUGAGAUCAGGUUGGAUGUUUCAGAUGUAACAGCAACACAUAGCCGUAGAUCACUGAGAAGCUAAGCAAACAUCUGUUUAUCAGUAUCACAGGACAUUUAACUUAGAUUUCAUUAUUGUCAGAAUAAAUCAUUUGUGAUUUUAUGAAUUCGAUUUUGCAAAGCUUGUCAGUGAACUAUUUACUACUGAUCACAGAACCGGAUUUACUCACAAGAUGAGCACACAAUGGCCUUCAAUUAAUCAUGCAGCCCUAAUAAACAUAAUACCUAAAAGAUUCAAUGGUGGUCAGUAGGUACAGUCAUAGUUCUCAGACAAUCUCCAAUUUUAGUGAUUAUUAUGAGUUUGUAUGAGGGUAUAAACAUAGUCAGAUUCUUGAAAUUACAGUAACAUAGCUGUUGCAGUAAAGAAGUACUUUUUUAAAAGUAAAAGGUUCACUUUACACCCAACUUGGAAACUCUUGACGCUUCCCAAUUGUAAAUGCAACUCUAGAUGCUGUGCUUCUCCAAUUUCUGACAAGGAAACCAUAUUUACAACAACUCUGAUUGCACAUGAAGGCAGCAUUGAACGGCCCUGACUAUUACGAAACUAAUGUCACAAACGUAACCAGGCCAGCAUUGGUAGGGUGACUAACGAUACCUCUGUAGAGAUGUAACACACAUUUGUGCCUGUUGCGCUCUUUCCUCUCCUAUCCCACCUUGAUGGCACCACACUACCUCCACGCCAUGCAGCCUUGACCCCACAAGUACCAUCCUCCUCAUUUAGAAGCUGCUGAUUUUGAAAACGGUCUCACUUUUUUGGGGGGGAAUCUAGAUUUAAGUUGGCAUUAAGUCUGCACUUUCUGCCCUGAGCUUCUACUAACAUCCUGUCCUCCAACUUGUAGUCCCAUUUUAUGACUUAACGGCCUGAAUCAAGAGGCAUGACACCUAUAAUCAUGUGUUUUCAAUUUUUUUUCUUUUCUUUUUUGUUGAUCUACCUCUUAGAAUAAAGACAAACUGAUAGAACAGAUCAUAAAACUAAAAAAGGACACAAAAAAAGUUACAAUGUUAAGCUAAAUGAAUCAAUAAAUUUAUUAAUAAUAACAAUAAUAACAAAUGACUUGAGCAUCUGGGUAGCAGCAUCUCCAUAUACUGUAGUGAAUAGGAGUCUUUUACUUCCAAAGAUGAUGAUGAUGAUUUUUCUCUUCUGUUGUUUUGAAAUUGUCCACGAUGAAUUUGGAAAUGGGUUAAAUGGAAACGCGGGAGGGGGAAUAAACUAAAAAACUAUGACAAUUUCACUAUCUGAUCUCUCCUUUUUCUCCAUUAUUAUUAAACUGACUUUAUUUUUAACUUCAUCUUUCUUUUUUCGAGUUAUAUUUCUGAUGGCUUUUUAAAUAUGACAUAGGAUUGUAUCUCUUAUGUUUGCAAUAGAAUCCGCUCUACUUUCUCUGUGAACCGCGACAUAAUAGUAUCUUUUCAGGCCGCACAGAGCAGCAUGAUGUUGAAAUUGUUUUCAUUUUUAUUGUUUCAUUUCACCUGUAAUGAUGCAACAGGAGAGUGAAGGUCCGUUGAAUUAAAUAGGGCACAUUUUUUUGGAGGAUGAGAGAGGAAGGAGACUACCUUUACCAGACUACCUUUAUCCCUUCACCCUUCCUACAGCAGGUGCCACAGACAUUAACAGGACUUUCAGCCUCUGCCUGCCUGAUUUUUCUUUGAUUCUCAUCCACAAUUGUUUUGAACUCCUUGUAAAGAAUACAGAGCAUAGAUAUGAAUGUGACAAUAAAAGAUGAGUAAACCGGUG